AUUGGGGAAACGCGAGUGACGGGAACCCAGUGAGAAAAAUUAAUCCGAAAACUCAGUUCUUGAAUGACGAAUACCGACUUUGAUAACAUAAACACGAGUGCCUCGCAAAUCUCCAAUGAAUUAUUCAGCCAGUAUUUGAUUCCAACUUCUUGAGGAAACGACGAAAGUCCUCGGUGACUUGAUAAUUUUCAAAUUUACAACAGUUAAAUUUUUAGAUUUAGAAUUAAUUCGUAAUUACGAGAGUAUCAAGAGCAUAAAAGCAAUUAUUAUCGUUUUGUGGCAGGGGAAGUGCGCCUUGAGGAAGAGGUCAGUAACCUCUUCCGUUUCGGUUCGAGGUCACUUUCUCAUGUGAAAUAAACAAGAGACUCCUUGUUGCUCGACGGAUCGAUUACACCAUUGAAAAUGCCAAAACGAAAAUUGCGGGAGAGAGGUGAGACACCGGGGAAUAUUUUCCAGAUGAUGCCUGGUGAUGAGGAUCUCGACCAGGGGAAUACACCAAUCAUGAACAAGAGAAUGAGACGAGUGAGUGACGUUAUUGAUAGCGUUGGGGAGAAGGAUGAUGACUUGCCAUCGGGAUACAGCACACCACGAGCUACGGAGGCUGAUAAUGAAGUGUUUUUGGAGUCACCGGAGCAGAAUACACCGGAAUCGAUUAGGGUUUUUAAGCCAAAUUGGCUGACACAGAAGAAGUCUUCGGACCUUCCCGAUGCUGGAGUAUCACAACCUUCAUGUUCACAGGGGGAAACUGAUCUAUCGCAGCCUAGUGCUAGUAGUACCCUCUCGGCAACGAUGACUGUUCACAAAGACGCAGAGCAUUACAAUAUGAAUCACAAAAAUCGAGGAAAAUGUGUAGUCUUCAAUCACGAGAUCUUCGACACUGGCUUUCCACCUCGAGAGGGAUCCGCACUCGAUGCUAAGAAGAUUGACAAAACUUUCAGCAGUCUUGGAUUUGAGGUGGAAAUUUUAGAAGAUUUGGAACACUCCAAAGUUAUCGAGAAAAUUAAUGAAUUGAGCUCUGAAGAUCAUUCUGACAAUGACUGCCUCUGUAUAUUCAUGCUAACCCACGGAUUAUCCCCAGAUAUGGUUUUCGCUAAAGAUGUAGCGUACAAUGCUGAGAAAAUUUGGAAGCCAUUCACUGCGGAUAAAUGUACGAGUCUCGCCGGAAAGCCGAAGCUGUUCUUCUUUCAGGCCUGCAGGGGAGAAGGAUUGGACGCAGGCGUUCAAGUGAAACACCCAAGACUAGCAGCUGCAUUUAGAACUGAAGUAGAUUCCUCUACGACUUCGUAUAAGUUGCCUACACAUGCAGAUUUUCUCAUUGCUCACAGUACAGUUCAAGGGCACUACUCCUGGAGAAGUCCUAGCUGUGGCACCUGGUUCAUCCAGUCCCUCUGUGAUGCAAUAGAUGAGUUUCACGAGACGACUGAUUUACAGAAAAUUCUAACGAUUUGCUCACGACGAGUUGCCACCGAGUUCUCAUCCUACAACGAACUCUAUCCUACGCGUCACGAACAAAAACAAGUGCCUUCAAUCACCUCGAUGCUGAUAAGGGAUAUUUACUUCACCCCGAAGUGAAUUAUCCUCGCGAAUCAUUUAUUUUCAUUUUUCCCUUAUCAUUUUUUCAUGUUUUUCUAGCAAUAAUCACUUGAUAAUUUCUCUCAUUUGUACGAAUAAUUUCGCAAGUCGUUCGAUAGUUUAUCAAACUUAUUAAAAUUUUGUGUACGAAAAUGGUGCAGUUACAACGUUUCCCAUUUUAUACGUUGAAUUAAUAAAGAAGUUUUGGUUCUGAUUUAA